AUGACAUCGAACUCAGAAUCUUUGCCUAUACCUGUUCCUAAGAAGGAAGAUUCUAAACCAACCUCGUUGAAUAUCCCAAAAUCAAUUAGUCAACCGUUAUCGCCAUUGUCCGCACCCAUCGAUCAAUCUAAUGGAACCCCCAAACCAAUCCCCACCCCCAUCACUGAAAAAGCAAUGGCAUCUAUAGCCCCGAUGCUAGAAGGGUUUUCCCCAAAAACACACGCUGAGGAUUCUGUUUCUAGAUUAAACUCGAUUUCGUCUUCUGCUGGCCAAGUGAGCGAUGAUGAUUUGGUGCAGCCUAUUACUGCAGAAAACUUAUCAAACAUCAAAUCGUACUCCAACUCGUUUGUCGAUGGCUCGAGAAUCAGUCGUACAGUGUCAAACACAUCCAAUGCAUCGAGGAAAUCUUAUGCAGACACAUUCAAACUACCAAAGAUCGGGACAAUAGGUGUUUGUGCCAUGGACGCCAAGGCGUUAUCCAAACCAUGCAGACGAAUUCUCAAUAGACUUAUUGAGACCGGGGAGUUUGAAACAGUUAUUUUUGGUGACAAGGUUAUACUUGACGAAGCUAUCGAAAACUGGCCCACUUGUGACUUUUUGAUUAGUUUCUUUUCCACUGGGUUCCCAUUAGAUAAAGCUAUUGAUUAUGUAAACUAUAGAAAGCCGUACAUGAUAAAUGACUUGGUGUUUCAAAAGGCACUCUGGGAUAGAAGAGUGGUUUUGGCUAUUCUUAACCAUGCCAAUGUUCCGUCACCCGAAAGAUUGGAAAUCAGCAGAGAUGGUGGACCCCAUUUGGACUCUCAAUUAUUAGACAGAUUAAAAGAAAUUGGAAUGUCUGAGGAAAAACUCGAAAAAUUGACUAACCAAAGCGAACCCGACUGGGAGAUGGUCGACGAAGACACCCUCAGAGUUGGAGACAAAACCCUUAGCAAACCGUUUGUGGAAAAACCUGUUGAUGGAGAAGACCAUAACGUUUAUAUUUACUAUCCAAGAGCCACUGGCGGCGGCGGUCGAAGAUUGUUUCGUAAAAUCGGAAACAAGUCAUCUGAGUUUGAUGCCAACUUGAGCUCGCCACGAACUGACGGUUCAUUUAUCUAUGAGAAAUUUAUGGAUACCGACAACUUUGAAGACGUCAAGGCUUAUACUGUUGGACCCAACUUUUGCCAUGCAGAAACAAGAAAAUCGCCAGUUGUUGAUGGUAUCGUAAGAAGAAAUACCCAUGGUAAAGAAAUAAGAUACGUUACUGAGUUGACUGACGAAGAAAAAACCAUGGCAAAAAACGUCAGUAGCGCUUUUAAGCAAACGAUUUGUGGGUUUGAUUUGCUAAGAGUGAAUGGCAAAUCAUUUGUCAUUGACGUCAACGGAUUCUCCUUUGUCAAGGACAAUAACGAUUACUACGAUUCGUGUGCAUCAAUCUUACGUGGCUUAUUUAUCGAUGCAAAGAAAUCAAGAGACUUGUUGACAAGAAAAAUCCCGAAAAUGUUGCAGACCAGUCAGUUUGAACAAAAGGCCCAAAAAUGGGUAUUCAAAGGAAUGGUUACUGUUAUUCGUCACGCCGAUCGUACCCCCAAACAAAAAUUUAAAUAUUCAUUUAGAUCACCGGUUUUCAUCUCAUUGCUUAAGGGCCAUAGAGAGGAGGUUAUUAUUCGUGCGGUGCCUGAUUUACAAGUUGUUUUGGAAACAGUUAAAAUAGCAGAAUCCAAAGGUCUUGAGGAUUUGAAUAAAUUAAAGCAAUUGCGUAUUGCAUUGGAAAAGAAAAUGGAUUUUCCAGGAACCAAGAUCCAGCUCAAACCGACUUUAAACGGCGACAACCCCGAAAUUGUUGACAAAGUGCAAUUAAUUCUAAAAUGGGGUGGCGAGCCAACCCAUUCUGCUAAACACCAAGCAACCGAUGUUGGAGAACAAAUGAGACAAAACCUUCAAUUGCUUAAUCGUGAAGCCCUUGAUGAUGUUAAAGUAUACACAUCUUCUGAAAGGAGGGUCAUUGCUAGUGCUCAAUACUUUAGUGCAUCUUUGUUGUCGUUUGAUGAACCGUUGGUGGACGAUUUCCUUAUUGUGAGAAAGGACUUGUUGGAUGAUUCUAAUGCUGCUAAAGACUUGAUGGAUAAAGUUAAAAAGAAGCUAAAGCCUUUGUUGCGUGAAGGUGCUGAGGCCCCACCACAAUUUACAUGGCCUCCGAAAAUGCCACAACCAUUUGAAGUUAUUAAAAGGGUGUGUGAGUUGAUGAAUUUUUACCACCAAAUAAUGAAUUACAACUUUGAAACGAAAAACGUCCAAGAGUUUCAAAUAAACUGGUGCUGUGGCGAAGAUCCAUUUUUGUUUAAAGAAAGAUGGGACAAAUUGUUUCAGGAGUUUAUAAGUGUGGAAAAGACCCAUCCUUCAAAGAUCUCGGAAUUGUACGAUACAAUGAAAUACGACGCAUUACACAACCGUCAGUUCCUUCAAAAAGUAUUCUCAUAUGAUCCAAACGAUAAGGUGCUACUUUCAAGGUUGACAGAGACUUGUGGUAGUACAGUCAACUCUUCAGGUUUGGUUAGCGAGUACCCAAUUAACAUCUUGGCAAUGAACAACUUUAAACUUCCAGAAUCGGCAUCAACCUCCACCAACAAUUCAUCUGCCAAUCUCAAUUCGAGCUCUGCUGCUGGGUCUCUUGGCUGGGUCUUGAGUGGCGCGGCCACCACCAUGAAAUGUGAAUCAAAAGAUAAAACUGCUUCUCCACAAACCCCAUUCGACCACCCUACAUUUGCAAGAUUGCGUGAGUUGUACAGAUUGUCAAAAGUGCUAUUUGAUUUUAUUUGUCCACAAGAAUAUGGUAUAAAAGACGAAGAGAAAUUGGAUAUUGGAUUGUUAACUUCGUUGCCAUUGGCCAAGCAAAUCCUUUCUGACAUUUAUGAUAUGAAGAAAAACGAUCAACCUGCACUUGUCAACUAUUUCACCAAAGAGUCACAUAUCUACACUUUGCUAAACAUCAUUUAUGGUUCACAGCUUCCCAUGAAGAUUGCUAGGAAUGCACUUCCAGAAUUAGACUACCUAUCACAAAUAGUUUUUGAAUUGUACGAAGCAGAAGACCCAUCGAGCCCUACUGGUAAAAAGCAUUCUAUUAGAUUAUCAUUGUCACCAGGUUGUCACACUCAAGAUCCAUUAGAUGUGCAGUUAGAUGAUGACCAUUACAUUGGAUGCAUUCCAAGAAUUAAUUUGACAAGACAUUUGGAUAUGGAUUUGGUUACUCAAAGAUUGAAAUCAAGGUUUUCCAGAGUGUCGUUGCCAAAGAAAUUUACCCCGGUCAACAUCACCGGUCCCUUAAAUAGCAAUAAAUAG